UUUACAUCUGGGCCAAAAGAUAAUGAAAACUUUCGAACAGAAUUCGGUGGGCAAGCAGAAGAAUGGCGUUGCAAAACAACCGCAGACCAUAAGGAAGGCCAACAGUGAUCUUAGUACCAGACCCCUGAAUGGGAAGAAAACAGGAAAUGGGGAUCAGUCAGCAUUGAAAAAUGUAUGCAACUCGGGCUGUUUGGACCCCAUAUCCAGCACAGCCUGGACGUUCAUGAACUGCAGAAACUAUCUUCAACUCAUAACAAUAGCAUUACCAGUAAACUUCCCAUCUUGCGUGACUCAGAUGUGCCCGUGCUAAAUGGGAAAUCUAGGUUUGAACAGAAAAAAUAUAACAAUGGCGCAAUUUCCAAUGUGGCAGAUUCAAGAGCGGCCUUGCUUGCAGAAAAUUCCAGUACCUCCAAUGAACACUUUGCCUGCCGUCCAGACCCAUUGGCGUUUGUGAACGUGUCUGGAGCCGAUACCAAAAUAGACCUACCUAACCCGAACCCAGGCGAGUGCCCGAUGGCUUCCAGAGUGCUGAGCUCCGUGCACAAACUGGCCGUGCUUGAGCAGCGGGCACGCAGGCUGUCGAAACAUCUGCGCCUGAUUCAGGCUGAGCAGACCGAGAGUCAUGUCAGGCAGCAACUUGGAGGUUUGGUGGAAAGCCUCGCAAUGAGGCGUUCACAAGAUAGCUUCAAUCGUGGGCAAAGUCAGGCGUGUUUGCAGAAUGGAGUUUCAGUGUCAUCGGCUGCUUGCAAAAGAUUGGAUGUCACAAGCAGCCCCCUUUGUCUAAGAAGUCAAAGAUUGCACUCGAGUCCCUUGGAGAGGGGAAGGAAUUUGGUGUUUGAGCAGCUUCCCAGGGAAGAACUGGAGCGGGUUUCUCAAAGCUUAGAUGCCAAUCUGCGCCACGUUGAGAGGGCCUUGGACUCGGAUGCCACAGAGAGCAGCUCUGGUGGAGAGACGGACGUCGAGGAGGAGAGGAUGCCUCGCCUUCAUGUCAGACGCCGCCGCACGUCAAUACAAACGAGUGCUGGGUGGCGCUGGGCAGAGGAGCGGGCUAUGGUGGCGAGCCGCUGGACGUGGCUCACUGCGCAGGUGUCCGACCUGGAGUAUCGCAUCCGCCAGCACAAUGAGCUGUACCGCCAGAUCCGCACCAACAAGGGUGCUGUGAUCUUGGGGGAGCCUCAGGCACCAGUGGACCUGAUGCAGCGGUUGGGUGCAGCAGGCUCCCUGCUCAAAGGUCCACUCGGCGUUCGAAAAUCCACUAGGGCCGAGAUGUCUCCCUGCAGCCCUGCGGUGCUGCUCAGCAACAUUCACAAACAGAGCUCGCAGCUGACGCAGACGCUGGGUGGCCUGAUCUCGCCUCUCAGCUCCAUCUCCCCUGGCUCUCCCGCCCACUCCAAUCCUUCCAUGCCCCAGCUCAAUGGCACCGUGCCUGGGCCGGAGAAUGGAGGGUGUGCCGAUAGUUCCACAGAAGGCUCAGAUGUGGACGAGUCUGAUGGAUGUGCGGCCAUCGUGCAGUCUCCACCCCUGUCACCACCUGACAACACCUGUGUGGCUGCGCGCACGCGACCCCUUCGGGACUUCCGCAAGCGACGCACGCUCCGAGUCGGCAAUGCCUAUUUCCUCAGCCGCAAGGCCCAGCGCCCUUUGACCACACCGUGUGGCUGUGAGCCACCACUGGCGUGCAUCGUUUGCGCCUCUAAGGUGGUCACGCACCAGCCCUUGGACCAGGACACCAUGACGGUGCCGGAGAGGGUGGCACUGCUGCGCGCCUCCUUCCACCCCGUGCUGUCUUUCCCACACGAAAUUCCCUUGCAAGAGCGGUUUGGUGGCUUGCUUAAGCAACCGGAGUGGCAAGCAAGGCUGGUACCAAAGGCUAAGGCGAAUACCCUGAGGAAAUUCUGCACGCCUAACAAGUGGGGAGCUUCUGGGGGACUUUUGGAGCGUAAAUUGCGUCAGAAGCUUGACACAGGACAGCUGCCAUCUGAGCGGUUCGAGUGGAGCAGUUUGUUCUUGGAAAAGUCUAUGCGACAGUACCUGGUGCGGGCAGACCUGGACCCUUCCCUGCUGGAACCCUCGGACACUGAGGGAGGAGAUAGCUGCAGCCCCAACAGGAAGCGCCGGCGUUCUGGCACCGUUCUCGUGCCGAGCAAAAAGUCGCGAAGUUUGCGGAGCUGCAGCUUCACUGUGGGAGACUGCCCUGAUGGGGUGCUGGGAACCCCCAUUAGGCACACACAGACGCCUACUUCGUGCGAAACACCCACCACAGCUCUCGGCACAUCAAGCCAAACGUCAACACCAACUCCAUCAACUUCCGCACAGAAUGCAGUACGGCGUCGCAGGGGUGAGAGCUCGUAUGACAUAAAUAACAUCGUGAUCCCACUGUCUAUGGCCGCCCCAGCCCGGGUCGAGAAAAUCCAAUACAAGGAAAUCCUCACUCCAGGGUGGCAAGAGCUGGAGCCUGUGACUAACCUGCAGGAAGUUAAUGUGGAGGAAGGAGAGGUGGAAGACCUUUCAGAUGAGGCGUUUGCCAUUCGCCAUGCAAAGUGUGAGCAGUUGGAAAAGGCUCGCUGGUGCGUCUGGUCGCCUGCAAUUCAGCGUCGUACCAGGUCAUUUCACAAGAGUGUCUCGGAUGGGCGUGCUACGCCCCCGCCUCCGUCUCCUGAUACGUCCAUGUCAGGAGGGGGUGGUGAACAGCUCUCAUACACCGAGCCGCCGAUCCAGCAAAGAACGACAGACAGGAGUCUGAGGGACUCUCUGUGCGAGUCAACUCGUUCGUCCACACCCGACAUGAAUGCCGAAGAGAUAUUUGUGGUGGUGCAACCAUGGGAGCGUCGGACGUUCCCUCUGCGGGAGGAAGAGGAGUCGGCCUUGGCGGGUGGUGAUGAGUGGAGCUCAGCAGAUGGGCAAGACCCAUCAUCUCCCCUUGAUGUAGUGACACCCCUGAAUCCAGACUCUCCAAUACCAUCCCGUAACAACACAGACAGCAGCAUUUGGCAACAACUGACAACUGGAUCUUUGGCCCAAGGCAUAGAAAAACGCGUACAUUCGGCAAGCGACGUGGAGUGUACACAAGGCAAGCGCAAUCUGCGCUCUACUGUGAGCAGGUUGGCGAACACGAGCAGCAGUGUACAGAACUCUGAGAUGCAUGCGCACCACACCACAUCAUCGGUGCCACCUGACCCACCUGUGGACGCCUCUAAUGAUGUGCAGCGUUGGUCAUCGUGUGAUUACGCGCAUGCCGAAACCCCCCCUGGUGAGAAGUGCAACUCACAUGGCUCGUCACAGGGGCUUGGUCGUACCAGAGCAGGAACAAUGACAAGGUACUCUGCAAUGCUUCGAACGGCUCGUAGAACAAACUCUCUCUGAUGAAGGUUGGGCAUCUUAAAACCCCAAGGAGAACCACCUCUACAAAAAAUGCUUUUGAUAGUCUACAGUGCUGAGCUCUGGGUUGUGCAUUUUGCUAUGACAUUAACAUUCUACAUCAAUGCAUGUACAUGGAAUUAUAUUGCUGUUGAUAUACUCUCCAUUUUCAUGUUUCUAGAUGGACAGCUUUUGAAAGUUGGUGGGAUGUUGGUGAAUGGUUGCCAAUGUAAAGCAAACACUAUAUAACAAAAAAGGUGAAAAUGUUUAGUUUGGCUUAAUUUGAUAAUGUGAUUUAGUGGAGAUGAACAUGAAAUGGGAUAACGUCUGUUUUGUUUGAUGGGUAACUUUUUUCUUCAUUUUCUUAUAAAGAGGUUAUGUAACUGAGCAGUUGUUUUGACCAAAUGUCACGUGUAGUUAGGUUUUUGUUGCUCCAUUGCUUGCUUGUUGGAAUGGUAGCCGAGAGGUCUCACGUGCACUAAAAAUGGUUGGUGUGCACUAAAGUGUUUGGUAUUUAUUACCGCUAUGUGACAUGACUGGUUUGUAGAGCGAAGACAUAAUCCCAGUUAUUACUGGCCGUCAGUGUACAAUAUGUAUAAUUCUACUUCGCACGUAAGUAGCAUUUACUAUUUGCUUGUGUGAUUGCGAGCAUUGUUGAUCUUUUUUGAUCAGAAGAACAUAGUUUAAUGUUAAAGGUAUUUUGUUGUAGAAAGUUACGAAUUGUUCUCCUGUAUAUAUUAAAAAAAUGUCUUUAUACACAAAUUAUACAUUUAGAAGCUGUACAUGUACCCGGUAUGUAUAUAACCCGCUGCUUUCGGGGAGAUGGGCGUUAUAACUUUAAACAAAUAUACCACUGAGAACAUUGCUUAAUACAAUUAAAACAAACAAAAAAAACCUCGAUUAAAUCUGCUGGUCAUGCGUUCAUACAGGUGAUGUUAUAAAAUCUAAAAUUUAAGGCAUUCAUAAUGGGGGAAAUAGUUUCCCAUUGGUUAUAUAUGUGCGCUAUUGCCACGCGAUUCAAGUGGUCGGUGUUUACAAUUUAAGGCCAAUUGUGCACGCAGUUA